GUAUGAUGAGGCCUAUAUUCUGUGGGAACUUUGAGUAUGAUGCACGUCAAUCUGAUCUGGAACGACUAUUCAGAAGAUAUGGCAAGGUUGAUAGGGUGGAUAUGAAGUCUGGAUUUUCUUGGGAUAUCCAUACUCCUGGCAUAUGGAUGCACUCUUCAGAAUUUCAUUUCCUGCCUGUGACGAGCUUCCUCUUCUUUUUCUCAAGAAGAGUCACUCUCAUCUGCAAGGGCACAUCCAUACCACAUUUUUUUCUCAUUGCCUUUACAUUCCUCAUGACUUUUGCCCAGCCUUCCAUUUCAGACAUGUUUCAACGUAGAAACAUUGCCGACCUUACAGCAGAGGCAUCAGAAUAGAUGAAGAAGGCUCUCUAUAUUCAUUGACCUACCAUGAGACAUCCACUUUUGGAAUCUUGUUCCUUGACAUCACUUAGUUCAUCACACAAGGGUUUGCUUUUAUUUAUAUGGAGGAUGAGAGAGAUGCUGAAGAUGCCAUUCGAGGGCUUGAUCGGACUGAAUUUGGACGCAAGGGUCGCAGACUUCGUGUUGAAUGGACAAAGCAUGAACGUGGUAUUAGAAGACCAGGCGGUUCAAGAAGACCUUCUUCAAAUACAAAACCUUCCAAGACCUUGUUUGUUAUCAAUUUUGAUCCAUACCAUACCCGGACUAGGGACUUAGAAAGGCACUUUGAGGCAUAUGGAAAGAUUGUUAGUGUAAGGAUCAGAAGGAAUUUUGCAUUUGUUCAAUACGAAGCACAGGAUGAUGCCACCAGAGCAUUGGAUGCUACAAAUAUGAGCAAGUUGAUGGAUCGAGUUAUAUCAGUUGAGUAUGCAGUUCGUGACGAUGAUGAUCGGAGGAAUGGAAAUAGUCCUGAUAGGAGUCGUGACAGGUCACCUAAUAGGGGCAGGAGGAGAUCCCCAAGCCCUUACCGAAGAGAGCGGGGCAGCCCUGAUUACGGUCGUGGCUCUAGCCGCAGUCCUUAUCGGAGAGAAAGGGCAAGCCCUGAUUAUGGUCAUGUUCGCAGCCCAAGUCCAUACAGGAGAGAUCAUGCCAGCCCUGAUUAUGGACGGGGUACUAGCCGUAGUCCUUCUAGAAAAGAGAGGGCUGGUGCUGAUCGUGGUCGUGGCCCUAGCCGGAGUCCCUACCGAAGAGAGAGGGCUAGCCCUGAAAAUGGCCAUGGAUCUAGCCGCAGUCCAUAUCGGAGAGAAAAGCCAAGUCCUGACAAUGGUCGACAAGGUAGUGGAAGUCCCUAUGGAAGAGAAGGUAGCCCUGACAAUGGUCAUGGCUCCAGCCCGAAUUCUAUGCCUGAAGCUAGGGACAGUCCUAAUUAUGGUGGUACUGAGAGCCCCGACAAUGACAGAUACCGGAGUCGUUCACCUCCGGCAGAUGACUGAAGAUGAUCUUUGAUUGCCUCAUUGGCGGACAGCAGUUGCAGUUCUAUGGAAUUUGUCCCCGUUAACACUCAGAUGUGUACUGCCUGCCAAUGACAUCUGUGCAGAAGUAAGAUCAUAAUUUCUGCAGAUGAACCCAUGAUGUAGUUUAUCUCCUUAGUUUAGUACUUUUGUUUUAGCUCUUAAACCGAAUGGAUUCUUAUUUCUGGCAAUGAACAAUUUAGCCCUGUCGUUAUGGAGUAUUUGAUUCAUGCUUCUCCCA